UUACUGUGCUCUCACCGAAUAAAUAUCUUCCAUUGUCUCCCCUUCUUAUUUCUUUCUUUCUAGCAAAGCAAAAACAAAUAAAAAUGGCUUUGCAGCUAUGGGGGACCCUCAAGGAAGCGAUCACCGUCUACACGGGUCUCUCUCCAGCUACCUUCUUCACCGUCCUAGCUUUAGGUUUGGCCGUCUACUAUUUGAUUUCUGAGUUCUUUGGAUCAUCGGAUAAUCAUCCAAGGCCUAGAAGCGUUGAGGAGCAGAUGCAGCCUCUGCCUCCACCUGUUCAGCUCGGUGAGAUUUCUGAGGAGGAGCUUAAGCAAUAUGACGGCUCUGAUCCUAAGAAGCCUUUGCUCAUGGCUAUUAAGGGUCAGAUCUAUGAUAUCUCUCAGAGCAGGAUGUUUUAUGGACCGGGUGGACCUUAUGCAUUAUUUGCAGGAAAGGAUGCCAGUAGAGCUCUUGCGAAGAUGUCGUUUGAAGACAAAGAUUUGACUGGUGAUAUCUCUGGUCUUGGUCCAUUCGAGUUGGAUGCCUUGCAGGAUUGGGAGUACAAGUUCAUGAGCAAGUAUGUUAAGGUGGGAACUAUCAAGACGCCUGUUCCUGCAACUGGCGAAGCUACUUCUGCGGGUGAACCUGCAGAAACGAAAGAAGCUGAUGUUGCGAAGCCUGCUGAAGAUGGUCCAUCUGCUCAUGGAGCUACAGAAACUCCUGCUGCUGAAGCCAAUGAGUAAUAUUAAGAUCCAGGUGACAGAUUACAGAUAUGGGAAAUGAUUACUUGUGGAGAUGCCAAGAAUGAGUGAUGUUUGUUUCGAUGCAUGUACUUGGUGAAGUUUGUUUCACAGUUUAUGUAGUAUAGUUCUGUUACAGACUUGCUUUCCCAUUUAGAAUUUUAAAUAAAUCAGUAUGUUAAACCA